AGCAGACUGAGAGCCUUCUCGAUAAUUGGCUAAGCCGCACGGGGCAGAUCAUUUGUGACACUGCCCUCCUGCAUGUGCCCUUGAUGUCCAGCUAAUCGGAUUUUGGAGGAAAUGACCAACAGAUGCGUCGUCUCGCCGACAGGGGAGCAGGCUGAGACGGACAGCUCCAUCGCUACAGACGGCACACUCGUGGCAUCAGCCAACCGGCCAGCACGGUACCAAACUGGAAAAGGGGGCAUCUUGAGCAACGAAGCCAUUAUGUUUCGCGGGAGCAGAACUCGCCAGUCCAGAGGGGAUCCGCCAGGGGCUGUCAGCCCCUACCCUCACCCGCCUCUCCAGCCUCUCCCGCCACCGCCCGCCGCCCCCCAGCAGCCGAGCCUCCUGGCUCAGAUGGCGAGCACCGCGGCCGGGGUGGCCAUCGGCUCCAGCGUGGGGCACGUGGUGGGGAACGUCCUCACGGGGGCCCUGAAGGGAGGCUCAGAGGCCACCGAGGCCCAGCACUCCGAAGCACUUUCCCAGGCAGGGGGAGAUGGAGGAAGGGACACGCCGGCCGAGGGGCAGUGCCUCUGGGAGCUGCGGCAGUUCAUGGAGUGCGCGCAGGGACAGAGGGACCCGGCCCUGUGCGCCUCCCUCGGCGAGGCACUGCGCCACUGCAAGCUCGGGCAUGGUCUCACUUAGGAAGGUGACACAUCACCCUGGGACCGGAGUACAGAGGAGUGGGGAUCAGUGGCGUCGUUCUCUCUCACACCAACGAUCAUCGUCGCAGUCACCACAAUCGCCAUUGGGACCCCUCACAUCACACAUAUGUCAUGAGCAUGAGCAUCUGUACAUUUGUAUACA